GGGUUACUUGCCCUCCCCUCCCUCUCCUGCUUCCCAGACACUGAGUCUGGAAUGAGAAUUCACCUGCCUCUGAGUUGGCCACGGGAGGGGGCGGGCUGUUACUUGGGUUCCCAGGUUGGAAGAUUAUCUCACCCGGCCCUAGCUAUAUAAACUGACCGCAGUGGAGGGGCUCCCAAGGGCCGACUCCAGGGUUCAUCCCCCAGAAGAAAACCAUACAGACGAACUUCAGGUCAACAUGAUGGUUCUGAAAGUAGAAGAGCUGGUUACAGGGAAGAAGAACGGCAGUGGGGAUGCUGGGGAGUUCCUUCCUGAGGAUUUCAGAGAUGGAGAGUAUGAAGCUGCUGUCACUUUAGAGAAGCAAGAGGACCUGAAAACCCUUCCGGCCCACUUUGUGAACCUGGGGGAACAACAGUGGAAAAUUGAGAAAGAGCGAGAGGCCGAGCUCAAGAAGAAGAAACUAGAACAAAGAUCAAAGCUUGAAAAUUUAGAAGACCUUGAAAUAAUCAUUCAACUGAAGAAAAGGAAAAAAUACAGGAAAACGAAAGUUCCAGUUGUGAAGGAACCUGAACCUGAAGUCAUUACAGAACCUGUGGAUGUGCCUAGGUUUCUGAAAGCUGCCCUGGAGAAUAAACUGCCAGUGGUAGAAAAAUUCUUGUCAGACAAGAACAAUCCAGAUGUCUGUGAUGAGUAUAAGCGGACAGCUCUUCAUAGAGCAUGCUUAGAAGGACAUUUGGCAAUUGUGGAGAAGUUAAUAGAAGCUGGAGCCCAGAUUGAAUUCCGUGAUAUGCUUGAAUCCACCGCCAUCCACUGGGCCAGCCGUGGAGGAAACCUGGAUGUCUUAAAACUGUUGCUGAACAAAGGAGCAAAAAUCAGUGCUCGGGAUAAGUUGCUCAGCACAGCGCUGCACGUGGCGGUGAGGACCGGCCACUACGAGUGUGCAGAGCAUCUCAUUGCCUGUGAGGCAGACCUCAACGCCAAGGACCGAGAAGGAGAUACCCCCCUGCAUGAUGCCGUGAGGCUGAACCGGUACAAGAUGAUCAGACUCCUGAUUACGUAUGGCGCCGACCUCAAUGUCAAGAACUGUGCUGGGAAGACCCCGAUGGAUCUGGUGCUGAACUGGCAGAAUGGAACCAAAGCAAUAUUUGACAGCCUCAAAGAGAACUCCUACAAAGCCUCUCGCAUAGCAACUUUCUGAGAAAAAAGACAGACUCUUCCACAGGCUGCUCUUCACCAGCAUUUUGAAGUUGCCGCCCCAAAGAGCAAACCCUCCUGAAAUCCAGCUUCUGUUUAUCAACCUGUUGUAAAGCUGCACCUAAUGAUGUUUUGAGAAAGCACAGGAACAUAGGUAUCUCCCUUAGUGAAACUCACUCUAUGUAUUUGUAUUUACUCCUGUUUAUUUAUUUAUUUACUGUGAUACUGCCCAUACCCAGCUCCUUCAUGACCGUCCCUCUAGUGAACAAGCUUUGUAUGUAACAUGUCAGAGCCUUCCAGUAGGUAGCUCUUAAAACCCUGUUGACCAGCAGUGCGUCACUGCCUACUUCUGUGUCACCUUGCUUAUCUAAGAUGUUGCACGGUGUUUUUGAAAGACAGAGGGGAUGACUGCUGCCCUCUUUUCUCCCGAAUUUUUAAUGCUGGAGUUUGAGGCCAUGGAAGGCCUGCAGUGACAGAAAAGGAAAUGGGAUGAAAGUGACUCUGUGAGAAGGACAAGCAAACCAUUUGAUACCUGGGCCUGGUAUUUCUUACCAAGUCACACGCAGCGCAUACCAAGGUGUGGAGAACGUCAAGAGUGUAAGUGGAGCGCAGUGGAAGGGGCAGGCCACUGGGCCGUGCCGAACUGAAUGUGUGCAAAAAAGACAAAAGUGACUGUGAACUGUAAAUGUGUAAAUGUAUAUUAUGUUGUAUGGAUAUUUUAUAUUCAUAAUAAAAGCAAAUUAUAAACCUC